UAUUACAUGUAGAUUAAACGCAUGAGCAAAAGUAGAAUAACCUCCGUGAAAUAUGUACGAACCUCUGAAAUGGCACGAGUAUGUAAUUACGUUCAAAGGAAACAAUGGAGCAACAAUGUGAUCCGACUGUUCAGCGCUAAAGUAUCUCCUAACCUAAAAAGUCCCGUGCAAGUUGACUUGAUUGGACCACCGGAUCCGGUUUCGAACUUGAGGCCGAUUAUUUUCGCAAGGUCUGAGAAUGAGAGCAGGUUGGAAAAGAAAUUCAGAGAGGCCAGGGAGGACACGCAGCUCUGGAAUCAAAAUUUCUGGACGGAACACAACAAUAAUUUCCAAAAGGAGCGCAGUCAAUUUCAGGAAACCCUGAAAGCACAGGGGAAGACGUCGAUCACCGCGGAUGAUAUGUCAGUAUUUUACAAAGAAUUUUUAGACAAGAACUGGCAAAUGCACUUUAACUAUAAUAUCGCGUGGUAUAAGAGGAACAUUAAGCUGUUACUCCUUGAGAUCAGAGUAAGGAUAUCUAAAUUAAAGCUUAGAUAGUUAGUAGUAUUCAUCGAGUAUAGUAUAUUGUAUAUGUUUACAAUGUAAAUUUGUAUUUACGCUUUAUUUGCAAGUAAAAUAUAUGCGUUGUGAUAUACAAAAAUA